AUGCUCACGACACAAGAAAAUCCAUCUCCAAAUGUACAACCUAAAUUGGUAAAAAAGGAUGUAUCCAAUGGAUCCAAUGGAUCAGACGCUUGGUGGGCCAACGGCGCUUUCGUUAUUGUCGUGCAUUUAAUAUCUGCGGUUUCACUCAUUACUUAUACACCGCCGACAAAGACGCUAUGGUUGACUUUGAUCCUGUUUCAAUUAGGAACUUUUGGUCAUAGAACAUAUACUGCUCGUUUUCCAUUUCGUCUUGCUCUUGCACUAGUGGGCACUCUUGCUUUCCAAGGUUCAAUCAAAUGGUGGGUCCUUAGACACAGAUUACAUCACAGAUUCACAGAUACAGACCAUGAUCCUUACUCUGCCGCUAAAGGUUUCUGGUUUUCCCAUAUGGGUUGGAUUUUUAAAAGGCCGUAUUAUCCACGAUUAAAAUUUAUCGAUGCUUCGGACUUGAAUGCCGAUCCAGUUGUCGUGUUCCAACAUAAACAUUACGUACUAUUGGCUUUUACUACCGGCUUAAUCCUUCCGACUUGUAUUGCUGCACUUUGGGGUGACGCUCUUGGUGGAUUCUUGUACGCUGGACUUCUCGGUCGUGUUAUAAUUUGGCAUUGUACUUUCUGUAUAAAUAGCUUUGCUCAUUGGACUGGCGAUCAACUUUAUUCUAAUGAGGUUUCAGCACGUGGCAAUUUAUUACUGGCUAUAAUGACUAAUGGGGAAGGCUAUCAUAACUUUCACCAUGAAUUUCCUAAAGAUUAUCGCAAUGGUUACGGAUUAUUCGAUUAUGAUCCUAGUAAAUGGUUAAUCUGGCUCUUUCAUACUUGCACCAAUCAAAUUCCAUUCGUCUACAGAGUACCUGAUAAUGAAGUUCGAAAAGCUCGUUCGAACAUGAAGUUGCUUGAAGCUCAACGAGAACGUGGAGAAUGCGACUGGGGUAUUGAUCCAAAAACGCUUCCAACUAUGUCUUAUGAAGAAUUUCAAGAAAAAGUAAAAAAUGAAGGAAAACAAUGGUUAUUAAUUGAUGAAUUUGUGUUAAAUGUUGAAACCUUUAAACCUUCACAUCCUGGUGGGUCUAAAAUAUUGGAAGCCUAUUAUGGAAAGGAUUCUACAAGGGCCUUUCAUGGUGGGUUAAAUAUUCAUACAAAGGCUGCGAAAACUAUGAUGAAUAUGUUUAGGGUUGCCAGGAUUGAAAAAAGAGAACCCGAGUCGUAA